AACUUGAGCACCUGUAGAGGAAGAUGAGGCUGAAGGAGAUUCAGAGGACGGCCCACCAGGCGUGGAGUCCGGCGGGACACCAUCCCAUCUGCCUGGCUUUGGGCACAUCAGCGCAGCAGCUCGAUGCUUCUUUCAACACCACCGCUGCCAUCGAGAUAUUUGAGAUGGAUUUCUCGGACCCCUCUCUGGACAUGCACCUCAGAGGGUCUUUACCCACUACAAACAGGUUACACAGCAUUGUAUGGGUCAACUUCGGAAUGGGAGCAGAUGGUACUGGAGGAAGACUGGUUGCUGGCAGUGAAAACGGUGCGCUGACUGUCUAUAACCCAGAGGCCAUAAUGAACUCUGCUGCAGACACUGUAGUGGGACAGUCUGAUAAACAUACGGGGCCGGUCCGAGCACUCGAUUUCAACCCAUUUCAGAGUAAUCUCCUGGCAUCCGGAGCAAAUGAUUCAGAGAUCUAUAUCUGGGAUCUGAACAACUUCAGCAGUCCGAUGACCCCAGGAGCAAAAACACAGCCUGCCGAGGACAUCAGUGUCGUGUCCUGGAACAGACAGGUUCAGCACAUCCUGGCCUCUGCCAACCCCAGCGGCAAAGCAGUCGUGUGGGACCUGAGAAAAAACGAGCCCAUCAUAAAGAUCAGUGACCACAGCAACAGGAUGCACUGUUCAGGAAUGCUCUGGCACCCGGAUGUGGCCACUCAGCUGGUGCUGGCUUCUGAAGAUGACCGACUGCCAGUCAUCCAAAUGUGGGACCUGCGUUUCGCCACAUCACCUCUUAAAGUCCUUGAAAACCACACAAGGGGUAUUCUGUCCAUUUCCUGGAGCCAGGCAGACUCUGAGCUCCUGCUGAGUAGUGCUAAAGACAACAGAAUCCUCUGCUGGAAUCCAAACACCGGAGAAGUAAUAUACGAGCUUCCGACAACGAACCAGUGGUGCUUUGACGUCCAGUGGUGCCCCAGGAAUCCUGCGCUGCUUUCAGCCGCAUCAUUUGAUGGGAGAAUUACUGUUUACUCGGUGAUGGGAGGGAGCUUGAAGGCUCAGCAACAAAGCACAGCUGAUAAGAUCUCCUCCUCAUUUGAUACCAUGGACCCGUUUGGUACUGGGCAGGUGUUGCCUCCUUUACAAGUUCCUCAGCCUAAAGCUCAGGACACCAUAAUUCCCCCUUUGAAAAAGCCUCCUAAGUGGAUCCGCAGGCCCGUAGGAGCUUCCUUUGCUUUUGGUGGAAAGCUGAUAACCUUUGAGAAUCCCAAGCUGCCUCCGGUGCAGAGCCCCCAGCCCGUCCCCAGACAAGUGGUUGUGAGCCAGGUUACCACGGAGACGGAGUUCCUCCAGCGCUCUCGGGAGCUGCAGGCGGCGCUACAGUCGGGCUCCUUCAACAACUACUGCCAGGCGAAGAUUCAGGGCGCCAAGUCGGACGCUGAGCAGGACAUAUGGAAGUUCCUCCUGGUUAAUUUUGAGGAUGAAGCCCGUGUCAAAUUCCUCAGACUUUUGGGUUUCAGCAAAGAUGAACUGGAAAGAAAGAUUUCAAAAUGCCUGGGGAAGAGUUUUCAGCCUAAUGGACACGGAGUCGACGCCAAAGAUCUGGCAGAGAAGAUGCAGCGGCUCACCACCGAGAGGUGUGACGACGCCGCUGCUGCAGGCGACGCCAGAACCUCAGGUUCUGUGUCCCCCGCUGACUUCUUCAGUCAAACCCCGAAGGAUAACUCCAACUUCCAGAUCCCCGUAUCUUGUGACACCGAUGGAUUGAUAAGCCAGGCGCUCCUGGUUGGUAACUUCGAGGGAGCCGUGGAUCUGUGUCUUAACGACGGGCGCUACGCUGAAGCCAUCCUGCUGUCGAUCAGCGGAGGAGAGGAGCUGCUCAAGAAGACGCAGCAAAAAUACCUGAGCAAGCAAAAAAACAGCAUUUCAAUGCUCAUAUCAUCAGUGGUCACUCAGAACUGGAGGGACAUCGUCCAGAGCUGUGAGUUGGACAACUGGAAGGAGGCCCUGGCUGCUCUGCUGACCUACGCUCACCCCGAGGAGUUUGCUCAUCUGUGUGAUACCCUGGGAAGCCGGUUGGAGUGCGAGGGGACAGAAAAGCGGUGCCUGCAAGCAUGUCUCUGUUACAUCUGCUCGGGAAACAUUGAGAAGCUGGUGGAGUGCUGGGCCCUGCACAGAGACUGCAACUCCCCUCUCGGUCUGGAGGAUCUAGUUGAAAAAGUGAUGAUGCUGCGAAAGUCAAUCGAACGGCUGCGUAACAGCGAAGUGGCAGUGCAGAGCCCCAUCCUGGCUGAGAAGCUAACCUGCUACGCCGGGAUACUGGCUGCAGAAGGCAGCUUAACCACCGCCAUGACCUACCUGCCUGAGAACUCAGACCAGCCUGGGAUCAUGAUGCUGCGAGACAGGCUGUUUCACGCUCAGGGAGAGGCUGCGAUCGGGCAGCAUCCUGCAAACUCUUUCAACAGCGGCGCCGGGUCCGCUGCAAAGCCUGCUGCUGCUGCUGCUGCUGCUCAGAUCCCUGCUCCAAAAGCACAAAUGAUGAAUCAGUACCAGCCUCCCGCUCCUUCCCAGAUGGCUCCACAACAGCAGCCUCCCAUGCCAUCGAUCUUCACCCCUCAGACUCCCCCAGCUGCCCCCGGGCCCGGUCUGCCACCACCUUCUCACGCGCUGCCGCCCAGUGCGACCCGUCCAGCCCUGAGGCCUUCUUACCCACAACACCCGGCCCCGGCUCCAGGCUUCCUUCCUCACCAGCCAUUCCAGCCUCAGCCCAUGUCCGCCGGCGGACCCUUAGCCUAUUCUCCACCGGGUCCCUCGAUGCCAGCUGCCAAUCUGUCGGGACCUCAGCCGCCGCCGCCGCCGUCGUCCUCCACGCCCGGAGGCGUCCCCCCCAUGCCCAGCCCCGGGCUGCCGCCAACGGGCCUAAUGCCGUCUACCUCUGUGCCCUCCGGCCUCAUGCCGCCUAGUUCUCAACCCGGCGCUCCGGUUCCCAUGUACCCCGGGGCCCUCCACGGCCAGGGGCCCGCACCGCUGAUGGCGGCUGGUUCCUUUGCUCCUCUAGGAGCCGGUUAUCCACAAGGAGGCCCCGGAGCUCCGGCCGCGAAGCCCUUCUCCGCCCCCGUUGGUCCUCCUCCUACAGGAUACUUUCCCUGGCUGAAUUCCCAGUGUGACCAUCAAGGGCCUCAGGAGGGCUGGAACGACCCACCAGCUGUACGAGGCGUACCCAGGAAGAAGAAGGUCCCUGAUAACUACACUCCUCCAGCUCCCAUCACAGCCCCGGUGAUGGGAUUCCCAGUGGAGGCCCCCCAGCCCCACGGCCACGCCCAGGUCCCUCCGGGAGCCCCCCAGGAGCCGACCGUGCAGGUGGGUCCCCAACCAGGGGCUGUUUGCCGUGAUCCUCACCGCCAGCGGCAAACGUGUGACGACGGUUUUGCUCCUCAGCUCCUCCAGCAGCUGCCGGCGGAGCGGGUGGAGCAGAAAGAAAUCCCCGCCGAGCACAUGGUGCUGAAAUCCACCUUCGACAGCCUGGUGCAGCGCUGCCAGCUCGCCGCGGGAGACCCGCAAACAAAGAGGAAACUGGACGACGCGGCCAAACGUUUGGGACACCUGUAUGAUAAACUGAGAGAACAAUCGCUCUCCCACAAUAUUCUGAACGGGCUCCACGAGAUCAGCCGCUGCGUGGCGAGCCAGAACUACCAGCGGGGCCUGGAGGUCCACACUCAGGUGGUCAGCAGCAGCAACUUCAGCGAGAUCUCCGCCUUCAUGCCCAUCCUCAAAGUGGUCAUGACCAUCGCCAACAAGCUGGGCGUCUAACCGGCCGAGACACCACCCACUCAGAAUUCAGUGUUAUCAUAUUGUUAUAUAUGUAUUUAUUAUUAUUAUUUUUGACCCAGUGACGUGCGUCAAACAUGGGAAUAAUCGACCGAUAGAAUUCCGCGUCCUUUCGAAAGAGAGCUGGGCUGAUCUGGGUGGUGAGGUGGGGUUUCGUAGAGACACGUCAAUGUAUGUUGCUGUGGUAAUUUUACAAGGAAAAAAAAAAGAUGAAUGUAUUCUGAAAGUUGUGAGUCUGUAAAAUUCAACUGUCGAUGUAGUUCGUGAAGCAGCUGCUGCUGUUCGAGUCGAUGCAUUUUCACUCUCCAUGAAAGAACGCACAGGGACACCUUCAGUACUCCACUGUGGGGAAAAACAGAGACGAGCGGCUCCCGCCUCCAGCCGCCCCCAGGGCGAAAAUCAUGGGGAUUAAAACUUGGGUUAGCACUUCCCGACCGCCCUGCUGGUGUGCUUUUUAGCGGGAGAAACGCGUCGCCCCUCUGCGAAUGAUUUCACAACAAGCAGCAUUUCUACAACACUGUAACAGAUUUCCGAUUGUUCUCGUCACCUGCUGUAACAGACUGUGUCCAGUCCAAUUGUGCCAUGAGGGUUUUUUUUUUUUUUUUCUUUUUAAUGAUUAUUUUGGGCCAAAGCACUGCAGAAAAAAGUCAGUGAUUGUCCAGUUGCUCUGUUUUUUUUUUCUUUGCCCCUCAUUUUGUCUUAACCCUGUUAACUCCUGGUACAAUAUCUCCUGGCGGCUUGUGUGAAUGACUUGAGUAUUUUUUUGUUUUUUUUCUUCUUUCUCAGAUUUCAAAUCAGUUUGCAUGUUCCCCAAGUGAGUUCUUUCACCUGGCAGCUUGUACGACAACCUACAGAAUGAAUUAACAUCCUCGCCUCCUCAUUAUGGGCCCUUCCAUCUCUGUUAAAUAUACUCACUCCUCUUACCCAGGCAGGUUUUCAGAUUUUUUUUUUUUGUUUUUUAUGUUCUUUUCAUACUUAGUUUUAGAUUCCAACAAAUAAAACACUUUAAUUGAACUGACAAAUUACAGCUGUAGAGAAAGACUUCCUGAGGUUUGUAGCUGGACAUGAAGCUGGAUUGUUUGGUGUGUCGUGGCAGCAGAAGGCAGUGAAGUGCCUCCGUGUGCCCAUUUCGGUUGCACAGAUAUUUAUACAAUCCAUGUUGCUUACUUUGCUCAUUUCUGUAUCUUUUUCCAAUAAAAUCUCACUUUAAAGCUUU